AUGCAGCUCAUCCCCGCCACAACCGCCGACGCCGCAUGCCUAGCCGACAUUCUCUUCACAGCCUUCGCCGAUGACAAGCUUAUAGUCGGCACCUGCUACCCCGACACGCCCGCCAACCGCGCGUGGUGGGCGCGCAAUAUUGCUUCCCAGAUGUCCGAUCCACACACGAAAGUCUUCAAAGUGGUCGCCGACGACGGCCCGAUCAUUGCAUGGGCAAAAUGGCUCGUUCAGCGCAACAAGGACGACGCGCCAGCCGAGGGCGCCGUCAAUCCCAGUAACGAGCCCAGUCCAGACAUGAAUCUAGAGGCGUGCAUGAAGCUCGCGGGCGCGCAGUAUAAGAUGCGUGAGGCGGUUAUGCAGGGGCGAGAUCAUUACUGGCUGAAUGCCCUCGCCACGCAUCCAGCAUACCAGAGCCAAGGCGCCGCGACGGCGUUGGUAGCGCUUGGAACGAAGCUGGCGGAUGAAGAAGGCGUGGAGUGUUUCAGCGCGUGCACGACGCAGGCGAAUGCCAACAUGAAGCACGUCUUCAAACGAGCCGGCUUCAGUGUCGUGGCAGAGGAGCCCGUUGCCAAUGGUUUGAACGUGCAUGCUGGGUAUAGAGCGGCAUCGCUGGGGUGUGAGAGUGUAGAUGUUGAUAUGACAUGA